UAAUGUUUGGCGAUGGUCCGAGUGAGGAAGGCGGAGAUGCUGUCAUGGCGGGAGGGGGAUACGCGGCACAGGCGCAGAGGUUCCAGAGUUUGAAGUCCUGGGCAUGCUGCACGGAAAGCUCCCAUGGGAGUACUAUAUAUUAGGCUCAUGCCCCAAGGGGAGUCGCAAACUAAUCCGCGGUCCAUUCAGAAAACGGGAACAACCAUCAGCCAUCAUGAAGUUCUCAGCCAUCGUCCUCGUCUCCGCUCUGAGCGCGCUCGCUGCCGCGAGUCCCAUAAUCAUGGAAACCCGGAAUCCGGAGCCGCAGGGCUACGGCCGUUCGGAAGCGGAGCCGAUGGGCUUCAAGAUCAACAAACGUGAAGCCGAGCCUGAAGCCGAUUACGGUUACCGCCGUGAGGACGGGGUGGCGCUCGGAUUCAAGAUCAAUAAGCGGGGAGCUGAGGCAGAAGCCGAAGCUGCAGGUUAUCGUCGUGAGGACGGGGUAGCCCUGGGAUUCAAAAUCAACAAGCGCGAAGCUGAUGCGGAUGCUGAGCCCGGAUAUCGCCGAGAGGAUGGAGUUGCUUUUGGGUUCAAAAUUAAUAAACGCGAAGCCGAACCGGAGGCUGAAGCGUAAGGUUACGGGCUCUCGGAGACAGAGCGAAUAGGCUUCAGUUUCAAGACUAGCAAGGCCUGAAGGAGAGUCGUCUCAAAGAAGCGCGAAAUGAGGCUGCGGCAGCACGGUCAAGGAAAGGUGGAAGGCGAGCG